ACGAUUCGUGGAACAGCUGAUUGACCAAAACUUCGACCUUUGGAUUUUGGAUUGGGCUGUUAUUUGAAAUUCCUUGAAACCAACUCCAUAACAGUGGUCUUCGGUCACAAAAUGAGUAUGGAUCGAUUGGUGCAGUUAAAUAAUCAAGCUGGCGGCAGGGACAAGAUUGCCCGACUUGUUCAGUACGCAUCGCGGGCUAUGUGGGACUCUUUGGAGUCCACCAACUCUAGUCCGGCACUUGUUGACAACUUUAAGACAAUUGAGUAUAUUCUCAGCACCUUUAGAAAGCUUCUUCGCUUUGGAAAGUGCGUUGAUGUGUUUUACGGAACUCUGAAGACCAUCCACUAUCCGGAUCUUACAAUCAGGGUGACUCUCACAUUGAGUAAGCUGUCGCAGUCCUUGUUUCUGUUUGCGGACCAUUUCCUCUGGCUGGCUAGGACUGGACUGACAGCCGUGAAUGCGAAGCGCUGGUCAAACAUUGCCAAUAAAUACUGGCUCUUCUCCAUCAUCAUGAACUUGUGCCGAGACUUUUACGAAAUUGUGCGAGUGCUAGAUCUCCAUAAAUCCAGCUGCAAGAGUGGAAUUACUCGCUGUCCCAUUCCGGCGAGCAUCAACUCUAAAGAGGAUCUGAAGAGACUGGCCCUGCACUCCUAUGCGAUUGUACAGGCACACAAGGACAUAAUGGUGGACACGGUGAAAAAUGCUUGCGAUUUCUUCAUCCCCCUGACCGCUCUUGGCUAUACAAGCUUGACGCCAAAAACUAUUGGGCUCCUGGGUGCCAUUUCAUCCGUCGCUGGCCUGUGGGCUCUGCUGGAACCGAAGGCCAAGCUAACGCCCGCAUAAUACGAAGACCUAACGACCUGAUAUUGGAGAAAUUGUAUAUAUGUAGGAUGCUCUUUCCUUGGCUAUUGUAACUGUUGUAUUUUAAUUGUAUUGCUCGGAUUAAGUGUAAAGUUAAUAGAUCGAAUGAACCACCAUUA